UUUUGGCUCAAGAUCCAUCUUCUACUCACCCCUCAUCACUCAUACCAAUACCUCUCAUUCCCUAUCCUUUCUACACGUUCCGUGCCGUGCAUAUCAGGGUUGGACAGUGUGUAGUGCUACGAGUGCGAAGCGACGGGAGGCUGGGAAUUCGAAGCAAUGGCCCAUAUUCCGGAGGGCUUCCAGGACGACAAGGGUGAGUGGACCGAGGAGGCGACUGACCGCUUCGUCGGCGCCAAGAACGAAGCUGUGCUGAAGGCUUGGGCAGACGAGAGGCGCAAUGCGUACAACGACGAAAGCUCCGAGAAAGGCCAAGCCCUCAGGGAGAAAUACACCACGGAGGACGAACUGGACGCGCACAUCUUGGAGGUGCAGAAGAGAAAGCGGGACGACCUCAUAGGCCCAAACGUCAAGUGUCCCAGGGUUUUCUUCGACAUGAAAAUGGAUGACGAAGACGCUGGACGGAUCAUCAUGAUGCUCCGAGGCGACGUCGUGCCCAAGACUGCGGAGAACUUCCGGCAGUUAUGCACGCACGAGAAAGACUUCGGAUACAAGGGCUCUUCGUUCCACCGCGUCGUCCAGGGUUACGCGUGCCAGGGUGGAGACUUCACGAACCACGACGGCACUGGCGGAAAGUCGAUCUACGGACCGAGAUUCGCUGAUGAAAAUCCAAUUUUCAACUAGACCACUCGGGUGAAGGAAGCCUCUCCAUGGCCAGUUCAGGCCCCAACACUAACGGCUCCCAGUUUUUCAUCACCACCACAAAGACUCGCCAUUUGGACGGCAAGCACGUCGUGUUCGGCAAGGUCAUCGGGGGCACUAUGACCGUGGUGAGAAAGAUCGAGGCGGUCGGGUCCGACGGCGGCGAGACUUCGAAGAAGGUGGUGAUCGAGAGCUGUGGGGAGCUCGCGCUCGCGGAUUGGCCGUGAGCGGCGCCCCUUCGGUGGCACCAGAACCUCCACGCCCCCAUCGCGUCUAUCAGCGUGCACCUCCCCCGUUACUCAUCCACCUCCUCCUCCACCUGUUUUGCUCCUGCUCCUUUUCCUCCCUGCCCAGCAGCUGAGCAUGUCGCAGCGUUGGUAGCUGUAGCAUACGCGCCGCUAGUAACAGAAAUCGAGGCAGACUAUAAGGGAGCGGUCGGCUUGCACUCCCAGCCUCGAGACACCCUCCUGCAUAGGAAGUCGCUUUACGCAGGCAUUAAAAUGCGUACAGUUGGACUCUCUGCUAAUGGUGUUUCCUGGUUUAAGGUGGCUGUGUACACUUCGCAAGGUCACCUGACUCCCAUCCUGGUCCUGAUGGGGGGCCCUCGAGAGGGCGCGCCCCUGCGCGUAUGACGAACGUAAAGCACUGCAGCGCACGGA